GGAAGGCAAAAAAGUGAGACCCUUCCUCCUAGCUACGCUGCAAACGGCCAGAGGCAGCAUGCCCCGCCCCUAAAAAGCUGGGAGGCGGAGAGAGGUUAAGCCGGGCAUCGGGGGAGACCGAAGGCGAUGCUGCGAGGCUCCUCGUCUCAGGUUGUGAUUGUUGUUUCUACUUUUAACAAACAUGGCUCCUGUAAGCAGUUGUCUGAGCACUUGAAAAUGAAGAUCAUUCACUCUUACAAAUCAAGGCACAGAUUCCUGCUAGCUACUUCAAGGGUACAAAAAAUUGUCAAGAAAUGGAAGAUUGUGAAACUGAUGAAGCCAAGACAAGGCCUAGAAAAAUUGUUUACCACACAGAGGCCUUUUUUCACAUCGGAAUUGUUAUAGAAUAAAACCUAAACAUGGCGAAGGUGAUCACCAUGCUUCAAACCCUCAGAAAUCAUUGGAAGAAGACUACAGUUGGGAUCUGCCUGGUUACAUGGGGAGGAAACUGGCUUUAUGGAAAACACUGCGAUAACCUGCUAAGGAGAGCUGCAUGCCAAGAAGCCCAGGUAUGGGGCAACCAAAUUAUUCCUUCCAAUAUGCAGAUAAAGAAAGCAACAGUAUUUCUCAACCCUGCAGCUUGUAAAGGCAAAGCCAGAACUCUUUUUGAAAAGAAUGCAGCCCCAAUUCUCCAUUUAUCUGGUCUGGAUGUGACUGUGGUGAAGACAGAUUAUGAAGGGCAAGCAAAGAAGUUGUUGGAACUGAUGGAAAACACCGAUAUGAUCAUCAUUGCAGGGGGAGAUGGAACAGUGCAAGAGGUUAUAACUGGGCUCCUCCGAAGAGCAGAUGAGGCAGCUUUCAGUAAAAUUCCCAUUGGAUUCAUUCCUCUUGGAAAGACCAGCACUUUAAGUCAUACACUUUAUACUAAGAACGAUAACCAAGUCCAGUGUAUCACUGAUGCCACGUUGUCCAUCCUGAGAGGAGAGACAGUUCAACUUGAUGUAUUGCAGAUUAAGGGGAACAAAGAACAGCCAGUAUUUGCUGUGAGUGGCUUACGGUGGGGCUCUUACAGAGAUGCAGGAGCAAAAGUCAGCAAAUACUGGUAUUUGGGACCUCUGAAAAUCCAGGCAGCCCAUUUUUUUAACACAUUAAAGGAAUGGCCUCAGAAACAUCUAGCUUCCCUUACCUAUUUGGGCCCUAUUCCAAGGCCACCUGAGGAGCCAGAGCAGAAGGCAACUCGACCUCCAUUAUAUAUUAGGCUUUAUAAGAGACUUGCAUAUUAUUGGACACCCACCCCCAAAGAAAUCCCAAAGGAGGAGAUUCCAGAGGCCUGGAAUGAAAUGCCAUUGUCUGCCCUUGAAUUCUCUGUCACUACUCAGAACAGGAAUCUCGACUUGAAACGUGAAGAAGACUUCAUGAAUAUUUGUAUUGAACCAGAUGCAAUCAGUAGAGGAGACUACGUAAAAAGAGGAAGCCAAAAGAUGAAGGACCCCCACUUGUGUCCUGAAGGAAGUCAAUGUCUUCAGGCUAGCAAAUGUGUUUUGCAGCUUCCAGAGGAUACAGAAGGCUCUUUAGCUAUAGACAAUGAAGAGCAUGAAGCAAUGACAGUGGAAGUGAAGCUGUUGCCCAGGAAACUCCAUUUCUUCUGCGAUGCCAGGAAAAAAGAAGAAAUGCUCCAAGGUAUAUCAUAAUCAAAGCAACUGGUUCAAGGUGUAUUGCAAUCAAAGGGUUGACUUGGGUGACUGCCCGAACUGUUUUAACGAACUGCAUCUGAAGACUGCACAUCUUUCCUUCAGUUAUGAUGAAAGCCUUCCUUUUUCAAACUUAUGCAAGUCAGAAAUUGAGGAAGAAGAACGAAGAUGGAAACAUUUUGUUUUUUCUUUUCGUCCGGUUCCAAUUAUUUCACAAAAAAAACGACUUCCCAAAUAUCUCUGUGGCAAGUGUUUUCUGGUUUUAAACACUUUUGGUAUAAACUUCCAUUUGUACACCUGGUACAUCUGUACUUCAGACCAUUGAACAUGCUCCUGCUUUCCCUCAUGUUGCUUCUUUUCCCAUUUCAAUACUUGAGGUAUAGGCAGCCCAUCAGUGUUAUGCUUAUGUUUAGAAAAGUGAUUAAAAAUUAAGAGCUGUCUCAGAGAAAAGUAUCUAAAAUAGAAUCACUAAUAACCGAUCAGUGAACCAUUAGAUCAGAUUCCCGCAGCUUGACUGGCAGCCUGUCUCUGGUAUUAAGCACAUAUUAUCCUACUCUUAUUCUACAAGAGGAAGGAUGUGAAAAAGAUCAAAUCUGGAACUUCUUGCAUGCAAAAGACCCAUAAUCUCUACUUCCAUCAAGCUGAUUUCUGACACCUAAUAUUAGACGAAGCACAGGGUUUUUUGGCACAUGAGCCACCUGAGUUUGGAGUAACAGUCUUCUGGAGUUUCGUUCGCAGAAAGAACAAAAUGAAGCAAUUUACUUCAUGUUUUGGGUGUCUUUACAGGCCACACAGCUAGUUGUUUUUUUUUUAAAAAAAUACCUCAAGUCAGCCAGAGAGACUCAGUGCGUUAAUAAAUAAAACUGGUAAUUUUCCUAUUGCCACUGGGUGGAGCUAGUUGAAGGAAUUAUCUUUAUGUUUACCUGUUAGGGAAGUUUAUUUUCUACUUUUAAUGGUUUGUUUUGAGAUGUUAGGUUGUAACAAUGCUGUCACCCAUCUGUUCUGUGUCUUUUAUGCUUUCUUUUAUAGACAGAUUGCCAAAUACAAAAUAACACACAGCAUGUGUGCAUUAUAGUUACUUUGCUAUUCAGUCUUCAAGUUACCAAAUACUAAACAUGUUGCAUUAUUCAUCUGCAGAGCUUUAAAGACAGGGCCAAAUAUAUAUAUUUAAAAAGUGUACUGUACAUGAAUGUUAAAAAGAUAUAAAUUGAUAGCUGGGAAAGUGUUUUUCUGCUUUGAUGUCGUUCAUGAGCUGGACUGAAGUAAACCCAUUACUAAAUAUUGUCUCUGAUUGAAAGCUGGCGUUGAAAAAUACAUGAUUAUUGCUUUGUUUGCUAUUUUUUAAUUAAAUAUAAAAACAAC